AUGAUUUAUAGCUUAGUUUGGGGAAAUUAUCUCGUUGGUUUCUGCGUUAAAAUACUGAAUUCAGCCGUUGUGAUCGGAUUCUAUUAUGGAUUUCUGACUACAUUCUCCAUAGGACCGUCUUAUCUCUUCCUUCUUCGAGGGCAAAUCUUAGGAAAGGGAUCUGAAAUGAAAAUAUCAGCAACAACCGGGUUUAUUACGGGACAGCUCAUGAUGUUUAUAUCGAUCUAUUAUGCGCCUUUGCAUUUGGCAUUGAGUAGACCUCAUACAAUAACAGUCUUAACUCUACCAACACCGCUCCCAUAUUAUUAUAUUGAGGAAAUGAUGCGAUACGAUGACAGGGACCUGGAGGAAGUCAAAGCUGCAAUAGAUUGGGAAAAGGAAGAAACUAACGAAGAAGAAGAAGAUAUUACUGUUUAUCUUUCUGAUAAAAAAGAGAAUACUUUCAACAAAAAACUCGCCCCGUUGGAAAAAUCUCUUGUAACUACUCUUUUCGAUUAUCGAAAAUGGAAUAGGCCUUUGCGAUAUAUAAAAAAUGAUCACUUUGAAAGGGUUGUAAGAGAUGAAAAUUCACAAUUUUUUUUCAGAAAACUAUGUAGUGAAAUAAACGAAAUAAGUAAAGAAGUUCCUCGAUGGUCAUACGACUUAGUCGACGAAUUGGCGGUAUUGAUGGACGCGAGUCCAAAGGAGUCUCAGAUUCGUUCCCCAAAAGCUGACCGUAUAGUUCUUUUUAAUAGUAAAACAGAUUCUAAUGACAAUCAGAAUAGUGCUGAACCGGACAGAAAUACUGAAUUUGCUGUAGUUCAUUAUUCACGCGAACCAGAUUAUUGCCGAGACCUAAUCAGAGGAUCUAUGCGCCCUCAAAGGCGUAAAACAGUAACUUAUAAACUCUUUCAAGGAACUGCACACUCCCCUCUUUUUUUGGAGAUAAUGGGCGACUACGCGUUCUUGUUUGGUGAUCUUGUCUAUGAUAUCUCCCAAUAUUUGAAAGAAUAUUUCAGGAAACCGGGUACUGAUAAUUCGGAAUUUUUGGCGUUUGAGAAAACGAUAGAACAGAAAGAGAUAGAGGAAAACAAAGACGAGUCUGAAAUAAGACUUAGACAAAUCGAAUAA